AUGGAAGAGCUAAGUAUUGAAUCCGAUGAGAUGAAAUUGUCAGAGGAAGUUGAUGGACAAGUUACAAGGGAAUGGAAGAGUUGUGAGUCCGACCAAGGUGGGUCUUCGGCCAUUGGAAGUUUGACCGACGACUUGGGUUACUUCUGUCUACCCAUCUGGAAAGGGAACCAAUAUGAGAAAGAGGAAGAAGAAAGGAGAACAUGGAGUGAUAAACUCGUUUCUAGAGAUCCUCCAUUGCCUGAACAUGUUGCUAAUUCUUGA